UUAAACUAGAAGAAGAAGAAGAAGAAGAAGAAGAAGAAGAACUACGACACAAUAAUGUGACGGCAAUGCUUUUUUUCUUUGUUAGUAACGAAGCUGCUGUGAUAAACCGUGACCAAAGGACUUGCUUGUAGUAAUGGAGUACGGAAAGGAGAGGGUGGUGGCGUUAGUGGACAUGGACUGUUUCUACGUGCAAGUGGAGCAGAGAUUGAAUGCAGCCCUGAAGAAUACUCCUUGUGUGGUGGCUCAGUACAAGACCUGGAAAGGAGGAGGCAUCAUAGCCGUGAGCUACGAGGCCAGGGCCCACGGGGUCACCAGAAACAUGUGGGUGGAUGACGCCAAGAAGCUGUGCCCGGAUCUCCAGGUGGCGAGGGUGCGCGAGUCUCACGGCAAGGCGGACCUGACCCACUACAGGGAGGCCAGCGUGGAGGUGAUCCAAGUCAUGUCUCGCUUUGCCGUGAUCGAGCGGGCCAGCAUUGACGAGGCCUACAUGGACUUGACUGCGGCGGUCCAGCAGCGGCUUAAGGAGAUGCCAGACAAACAAAUAGAGGCUCAUCUGCUGAGGACCACUUACAUACAGGGUUAUCCUGAAGGACAGGAAGCAGCUGAUGAGGACGCUGUUUUGGAUAAAGAGAAGCAGAGGUCAACAGGUGUCCAUCAGUGGUUGGCAUCCAUGCCCGUGCACAACUCUGCAGAGCUCCAGCUCACCGUGGGGGCCCUCAUCGUGGAGGAAAUGAGGGCUGCUGUGGAGCAACACACAAGCUUCCGAUGUUCAGCUGGCAUCUCACACAACAAACGAGCGACACUGAGCACGUGUGACAGGCCUAGUCGGAAGAAAGUGUUGGCUAAGCUGGCGUGCGGCUUGAACAAACCAAACCGCCAGACGAUAUUGCCACUAGAGUCGGUGCCAGAACUUUUCCGCACCUUGCCCAUCAGCAAGAUACGCAACCUGGGAGGGAAACUGGGGGCGUCCAUUACGGAAACCCUGCAAGCGGAGAACAUGGGGGAUCUGACCCGCUUCUCUCAGGCCCAACUGGGGCAGCACUUUGGAGAGAAAACGGGCCAGUGGCUGUAUGAUCUUUGUCGGGGGGUGGAGUUUGAGGCGGUGAAACCGAGGCAGCUCCCCAAGUCUAUUGGCUGCAGUAAGAACUUCCCUGGGAAAACAUCGCUAGCUACCAAAGAGCAGGUCCGGUAUUGGCUCCAUCAGCUGGCUCUGGAGCUGCAGGAGCGGCUCACCAAGGACAGAGAAGCGAACGGCAGAGUAGCUAAGUUGCUAACGGUGGGGGUCCGUCAGCUGGGCGACAAGAGACCCAGCUCCUUCUCCCGUUGCUGCGCUUUGGUCCGCUACGACGCCGCCAAGCUGUCGGCGGACAGCUUGGCCAUCAUCAAGAGCCUCAACGCCGCAGGAAACCAGCAGGCAACGUGGGCCCCACCCCUCACCCUGCUGCACCUCUCUGCCAGCAAGUUCAGCGAUGCCCCUUCAGCAGCAGGGGGCGGCAUCGCUGGCUUCCUCAGCUCUGACGUCUCAGCCACUCAAAACCUUUCCUCCAGCAUGCGGACCUCCUCGACUCAAUCCACACACAAACACCCCAGCACCAUCCAGUCUUUCUUUCCAAAGAAGGCCAGACAAAAGGAGAAAGAAGGAGAGGGGGAGACUCCAUCAAUGCCUCAACCAUCAUCAUCAACUGCUUGCGUUGCGUCUUCUCGUCCUCGCUCUGACAUUUCCUCUUUUUUCCACAACAAACACGCUGACAGAUGUUUGAAGGAGUCCAACCUUGAAAAGCAAGAAGAUGCCCAAGCAGAGGUUCCACGGCCGUCUCCAUGUGAUGUUCCAGGAGAAGACUGCAGCGAGGACCUGCUGAAGUGUGAUCUCUGUGGUCAGGUGGUGCCGGUGUGGGACAUGCCCGAACACAACGACUAUCACGUUGCCUUGGACUUGCACAACUCCUUCUCUUCUCCAUCCUCUUCCUCUCCGGCACAGUCCUCUCGGGGGAAAACAAAACCCAAAGGCCCAGCAGGACCUCUUCCCAAAAGACAGCGCUCGCAAGCUGCAACUGCUGGAACUCUGGACGCUUUUUUCCAAAGGAACUGAUCUUUUUAUGUUUUAAAAUACAAAUAAAAAUACUUCCUUUGUGUCCCAAUGAGGUUUGUUUUAAUGUCUGGGACUUCUGCUGUAAUACCACAACACGCCAGCAGAUGCUGCUAUAAAGCGCUACAACACUUUCACCACAAGACUGUAGGACAUUCAAUAGCCUAUUUUUUCUACUUAAGUAAACUUUUUCAGCUUUUUUAAAAAUGGACUUUAGUUUGUUUCUCAUUAGCUUUUUUUAUGCUGUAUUUUUGGUUUAAAACUGUAUGCGAUUAAAAUAGUCUCAAAAUUCUGACUUUCAUUAAUUACAACUUUUAUCUCCUAUUAUUUGGACUUUAUUUUUUUUUAAUUACUGUAUUUCACUUCAUUCCUAAUUGCUGGGUUUCGCGUGACGUCACAUCCGGUUGUCCCGCCUCAGAGAGAUGAGUGGAGGGGCCAGACAUGUAUUUGUAACUACAAAUCGUGUCAAAUCAAAGCAAAAAUACCGCAUAGAUGCGAUAUUCUAGCAUGCGGAAAUGGUUCGUAUGUGUGUUUGGGAAAACGUUAUUACUAAGCUAGUCCAUCAGAACGGGAAAAAGUUUAGGAAAUGCCGAGAAGCCACCUUUUUGGGCGUUUGCUAACCAGCUGCGGCUCUCGUGGAGUGGACGCGAGUAAACACGCUCUGGUUGAC